AUGUCCGAGCAGAACAGGAAGCGAUCCAGAAUCGCAUGCACUUCCUGUCAAUCCCGCAAACGCAAAUGCUCGGGCGACCAGCCCUGUACAACAUGCGCCCAGUUCGGCGUUGAUUGCCACUACGACCUACUCUCACGCAAGAAGAAAGAUAUUCGGCACUUCCAGUCACAGUCUGUGACAAGCUCGUUGCUGAGUCCAGCCACAGUCCAGAACGAUAUUGCUGCCAAAAGGCAGCAGCAAGAUCAGCAAGCGAACCCAGCUGCUUUAGCCGGACUCCUACUAAAAGCUUUAGAGGCGAACUCAGGCGCCGCAUUCGCGCGACGCCUCAACCCCAAAAAUGAUGUGACAGGCGCUCCGAAAUUGCAUCUUUUUGGUUGGAAUGUUGGGGCCCGUUACCCAACUCCUGAAUGGGCGCAGGCCAUGGCGGCCGUGAAGCCACUGCCAGUGGUGGAAAUCAUUUCCCAAGAUGAAAUGCGAUCGCUGGCCGGCAUCUUCUUUGACAGGGUAGAUCCGUGCUAUCCCUUCAUCGAUCGGGAUACCAUCCUCCGCCAAAUAAGCAGGCGAUGGUUGCCCGCGACAUCGGAGGCUUUGGGUUUUGGACCUUACGAUGCUGUGCUUUGCGGCGUGGCCGCUUUUGGGUACCUCUUUUCUCGUCGGCGGGCUACUCCAACGGAACUGCAACUUAUAGAGUCUGCUCGGUCAAUCCUUGAGCAGGGCUUGCAGUCUGAACCGCUUUCCCCUAUUGACACAGUGACUGGUUGGGUGUUGCGCGUCGCGUAUCUCCGUAUGACAACUACCGCGCACGCCGCCUGGAUGGCCAGCUGUUCCUUGAUGCACCUCAUUGAAGCAACGGGCAUGCACAUCGAGCCAUCAUCAAAUACAGCCCUUGAUCGAACGUCAACAACUGAAUCCUGCAAUCCAGAGACCCGUCGGCGGCUUUUCGCUAUGGCGCGUCAUCUCAAUGUCUGGAUCUCCUUUGAACUUGGCCGCUCCCGUGUUGUCCUCCAAGGUGCAACCUCUCUCCCUCCUAGUCCACGACCAACAACAGACGGCUUUGCAACUACCUUAACAACAGAUAUCUUCAACCUCCUCCCUAUAUCCGAAAGCCUUGAUCCAAACGAGGCACAAGAUGUCUCCAACCUUGAAAUUGCUCUCGCCGAUGUUCUCGACAUCGUCUACAUCCAGCCCCAUCUUAUUCUCGUGCAAUGCAACCUAAUGCUCUGUAUAUACCGCCGCCUGCGAGCCCUCAACUCCUUCAUCUCCGGCGAUCUUUUAGAUCGCGUGCUCGCACUUUCCGGUAAGGGACUCAAAGCGGUCUCGGAGCUAGUAUCUCAGAGCUGUCCCUGGCACCAAAUUGCGAAUGUGCCCUUCCAAGUUGUGUGCACUCUGCUGGCAAUCGACAAUCGUGCCUCACUGGCGAUGCUGCGCGAUUCCAUGCGCACACUGCACGAGGUCGCAUCUGCAUAUGAUACAGAAGUCAUGCGCGAAGCUUACACAACGGCUUACCUGAUGACCGUGAUGCAUCAGCGCCGAAAGGAAGAGGAUAUCCGGACAAUUAGAGAUGUUCUGCAGUUCAACCCAUCGGUGUCGGUUCCCGCUGAGACGCCGGUCACAGAGCCCACGGUGCAAUCUGAUCACACCCUCAUGGAUUACCCGGGAUUUUCCUGGCUGAGUGAUAUACUGGUUGAUAUACCCAGUCUUCGGGACUUUGACAUGGGUCCGCUUUGA